AUGAAUGUCAACGACAAAUUCAUCAAUGACCUUCUCACCAAAGUGAUGAAAGCCGCGGAAAGCGGCAUAAGCAUAGAUUUCAACGACGGUGAUGAAGUCGGCCAGUAUGUCAUCUCUAUCCUCGCAUUGGGCGCUGAGCUCAUCCCCGUUAUUGGAGGCGUCCUGGGGGCGUUUACCUCGCUCCUAGGCGCAAUCUUUUUCUCUUCGCCCAUGUCGAUGGAGAAAAUCUGGGAGGGCCUACGCGAGCGCAUCGAGAAACUGAUCGACUCCAAGAUUGAGCAAUACCACUUGGAGGUCCUGAGGCAGAGGAUCAAGGGCAUCCAGGAAAACAUGAAAGUCUACCGCCAGUAUUUGAAAGACUUCAAAAAUGCGACGGGGGCCGAUAAAGAGCAAGCGGCGAGAACUCUUCAAACCUCUCACGUCGCAUUUAGCAGCGUGGUCUUGGCCGCGCUUCCGCAGUUUCAGCUCGACCGUUUCGCGGUGGUCUCACUUCCCUUAUUUGCUCUUGUGGCUAACAUAUAUCUUGCGUUGUUAGUCGACGGUAUUAAGCAGGGCAGAGAGUGGGGGUAUUCUCCUCAGAAUAUCAAAGCCAUGGAGGCACAGUUCAGAGCCAAAACAUCACCCCAACAAGGUUACAGAAUGCCGGAUGACAAGGAUUUAUCCCGACAGAAGUCUUGCCUAGAGAAUGCCAUCAAGGCAGGCCCAGCGUUGGGCAUACCAGCCAACGUAAUCGACACGUGGAAAGAAGCUUAUGCAGACCUUUUUGAAUCCGGGAAGAGCCCCAAGGAUAGCAACGACGAUGUGGACUACGUUUCUUACGCAAAGAAAAUCUACAUUCAAGGGCGCUACCAAGUAAAGCCUUACGAGGAUGUCGGCGAUAAAGGGGGCGCAGAUGCCGGCAAGUACAGAGCCUACGCCGAGUACGAUACAAGCAUGAUCAUGAACGUCCUCAACUACGCCGAGCUCUGGCCCUUCAUGACCGGCGCGUCCAUGACAGAGUCCGCCAUGAAAAACCUCGACCGUGAGAUAUUCUACGGUCCAUUCGGCCGCUACGCGUAUUACUCCUCAUGGGACCCUUCAACGCCGCCCCGCGUCGACAACCGCAGCUCGCCCAUCACGUCGUUGAUUGUGCGGGCAUGGGACGAUAUCGACGGCAUGCAGAUCAAGCAGGGCCAGUCAUGGGGUAGUUGGCAGGGAUCCAGCACCGGGGGCGCGCCGAAACAGCUCGACCUCUGGGCCGAUGAAUGGAUUAAAUCGUUCGAAGUCACGUACGGCCAUAAGCUAGGUAAAGUCAAGUUUGUCACCAAUAAAGGUCGUUCAAUCGAAAAUGGGAAUGCGAGGCAUGCCACGAUCAAGAAAAGCGGCGCGCCCCCCGGCUACGAGUUGACGAGCGUCAUCAUCACCAAUUACGAGUCUCAUAUCCCGCCGGGCUGCGAGGGUAUCAUACUCGGCUUUAGGCCAUUGAUGACUGACCCUUCGCGAGGCUAG